UAACUUUAUAGUAUAUCUUUCUAGAACUAGCAUUUGGUGUGAUUUUUUUCUUCGAAAAUGAACUUGGGAGAGAAUGCUAGUGUUGUUUCAUCGUGGAGCAAGGAUGAAGAUAUUGUUUUCGAGAGAGCCCUUGCAAUUUAUGCCGAUGAAACGGAGAUUCGUUGGGAAGAGAUUGCUUUAGUUGUUCCAGGGAAAACUAUAGAACAAAUUAUAGAGCAUUACAAUGUUUUAGUUCGUGAUGUUAUGAUGAUUGAAUCUGGUCAUGUACCUCUUCCUGCAUGUUAUGAACUUUCAGAAGAACCAAAUCAUCGUAAGAAACAUGGCAAAUCAAAAGCAAAGCAACAAAGAAAAAAAGGGAUUCCUUGGACAUCAGAUGAACACAGACAAUUUCUUCUUGGUUUGGAGAAAUUUGGGAAAGGUGAUUGGCGUAGCAUUUCUCGUCACUGUGUCUUGACAAGAACAACAAUGCAAGUUGCAAGUCAUGCUCAAAAGUACUACAAACGUCUUAACUCAAAGAACAAACACAGAAACAGGAAAAGCAUUCAUGACGUUACACUUGCAGAAGACAAAUACAUCUCACCAAAACAAAGAGCAAUCACAUGGCAAAAAUUUGCUUCUACUUCCAACAAUCAACCCAUUCCAACUGCUUCGCAACCAGCACUCGGCCUUCCUAUACAUGGACAACCUAACAUAUGGAGCACACAAGCCACUCAAGCCAUUUCACAACCACCAGCACUAAACCAUCCUACAUAUGGUGUACCUACUACCAUAUGGAACGCAGCCGCUCUGCAACCAUCAUCCAAUAUUCAUGUGUAUGGAACGUCCACCAUAAGCCAACCAAUGGUUGGAACAAUGCUCUCACCUUUUGGAAGAAACGUGAACCUUUUGGCUCAACCUCACAUGAAUUCUGGAGUUCAUUCUGUACCUUCCAACUCGGGUCCUAGUGCACCGAUCAACAUGGGUUCAAUCCCAUAUGGCACAAAUCCCAAAGAUAGGUCUUAACCUUAAUGUUUUUUGCUUGUUUUAAGGUGUAAGCGGGAUACCUAAUC